CGCGGCGCGCACACGGCAGAUGAGCCUAGGACUCUGCGCCGGCCGCGUUCGCGUGAUCGCUACUCGCUCGCCGAAACCCCGACGAAGAAACGCGCAGCGCGUGCAUUGUGCGUGCGCGCGCUUCGAGUGUGUUGUGUGCUGUGUGUGUGUGAGUGUGGGUUAAUAAUUACGUUUCGCGCUCACAUCGUGUGAAUCUCGCAAGUCCGCGCGCGGAUAUUUGACGAAUGCGGCCGCGAAGGUGAGUGCGCGUCUGCAGGCCACAGCGCGGCUAGCUCGCAACAUUAAAAAUAAACAAAAGCCGGUGUGUCGGGCCGUAAACAAUAUGUAGCAUUGUUGCGCGCUGGUUGUAACGGCCCGAACAGUGUGCGGCGUGCUUCGGCAUCGAUAAGAAGGCGCAAGGCGCGCGUCCGGCAUUUUUUUCCUCUGCUUCGGCUCUGCUUGCUUGACUCGUGUACCUUUCGGCGCGCCGCGUUACUGCUUGGGUUUUCAGUGUGCGGUGCGGGUCGACCAUGCCGACGCCGGGUCUCUGAAUGUCCCCAGAACGCUAACAGCAAACUAAAUACAGUAGCGCAACACACGCAACAACCGUCGCGUCGAGUGUGAAGUUUAAACUAACAACGCACCAAAAAAACUUGGAAAUAAAAAACAACGAGUGUUAAUCUGUGAACUUGUGCCGAAAACAAUAAAUCGUGCGGUGGCCGCGCCUGAGAAACAAACUCGCAAUUUACAGGCGCGCGACGGACAGAAGAACGCACAACGACCGCACGACGGACAUAACCUACAAGCCGCGGCGCAUUCAAGCCUUGCUUCCGUCGUUGUUGUUCAUUUGUUUGCACUCUGUAACUUUUAACCCCAGCGCGGCAUCAAACGCGCGGCGUUAAUUAAGUUAUUUGCAUUUUCAUUGGACGCUGCGCACGUUGAGGAGAUUUUCCAUCGAUCUAUUCGAGUGAAAACAACGUGCUCAACGUGUGUAAUCUACAUGUGUGUGCGUGGUGAGGCGCAGAUGAGGCUCAGGAACAACAGUGCCGGUGCCGUAUGAUGGGCGCUCCUCCGGUGUGCGAGCGCGCUUCGUGAUACACGAAGAGUUUUCGGAUUUACAUUGCGAGCAGAGCGACGAGGACGACGAACACGCCGCCGACAUGUAUCCGACCCCUGCUAGGCAUCCAUCUGCCGCGGGUCCUCCACCGCAGGCAGGACAAAUCAAGUUCACAAUCGCCGACACGCUGGAGCGGAUAAAGGAGGAGUUUAAUUUUUUGCAAGCACAAUAUCACUCAUUAAAGUUGGAAUGUGAGAAGCUAGCCAGCGAGAAGACUGAAAUGCAACGACAUUAUGUUAUGUACUACGAAAUGUCGUAUGGCCUUAACGUCGAAAUGCACAAACAGACUGAGAUCGCAAAGCGCCUCAACGCGAUCAUCGCCCAAGUGCUGCCGUUCCUCGCGCAGGAGCACCAGCAGCAGGUGGCGUCGGCGGUCGAGCGCGCCAAGCAAGUGACCAUGACCGAAUUGAACGCCAUCAUCGGGCAACAACAACAGCAAGGUCUACAACAGUUGCUUCAACAAAUUCACGCGCAGCAGUUGCCACAUGGGGCGCAUGGCCCUGGUGGAUUGCCGAUGGGUCCGCAUCCGGGGCUGCCUGGAAUGGGCCCCGCUGCCGCCGCGCAAUUAUUAGGCUUUGGGGCUGGAAUGCCGGGUGCUCCCGGCGGUCCGCAUGGAGCUGCUGCUGGCUUGGCGGCGGCUGCAGCCGCUGGUGGUGCGCAUCCGCUGCUUAAGUCGGAUCUGCAUGCGCGUGAGUCGGCCGACCUUAAAGCUGGACCUGGAUCUGCUAACACAGAAGAAAGACUGAAUUCGGUAUCACCUGCUGAAAGAGAUAAAUACAGAUCGCGAUCACCAGCUGAUGUCGACAGCGAUAUGAAGCGAAGAAAAGAAGACAAAAUGGGACAUGAAAGCGAUGGUGAAAAGAGCGAUCAAGAUCUGGUGGUGGAUGUGGCAAACGAGGAGGCGCAAUCACCGCAUCCGAAUGGGGAGCAUCCAGCGCUCGGCGGGCCUGGCAAUGAAAUUCGUGAAAAUGGCAGCACGAACGGCGAUAAAGUGAAAAUGGAACGGCCGCCCAGUCGGAGUGGUUCUUCAUCAUCGAGGAGCACGCCCUCUCUAAAGAGCAAAGAUGAGAAGCCUUUAACGCCCGGAUCGAAACCCCGUUCGACGACACCGAAUUUGGGUGCGGGGCCAGCCGGCCCACCGCCGAAAGUAGGCGCGAUGGGACAAUACCCUCCCUAUGGUGGGCCACCCGGUGGCGGCCGGCUGGACCACAUGAGUCCGUAUAAUAAUGUUGCGCCCUCGCCCUAUGGCCGACCCCCGCUGAUGGGCUAUGACGGGCAUCCGCACGCUAGGGGAUCUGCGAUGGCGACGAACGGCCUCGGUGCCAUUCCAGGUGGAAAACCGGCCUAUUCGUUUCAUAUGAACGGCGAGGGACAACUGCAGCCGGUUCCCUUUCCGGCGGAUGCCUUGGUAGGUCCAGGUAUACCAAGGCAUGCGAGACAAAUAAAUACCUUGAGCCACGGCGAGGUCGUUUGCGCCGUCACGAUCUCAAAUCCGACCAAAUACGUCUACACCGGCGGCAAGGGCUGCGUCAAAGUGUGGGACAUUAGCCAGCCAGGAUCGAAGAGUCCUGUAUCACAACUUGAUUGUCUGCAACGUGAUAAUUACAUUAGAUCUGUGAAACUUCUCCCCGAUGGGCGUACGCUUAUCGUCGGUGGUGAGGCCUCAAACCUUUCCAUCUGGGACCUCGCGUCGCCUACACCACGCAUUAAAGCUGAAUUGACUUCAUCGGCACCCGCGUGUUAUGCGCUCGCAAUUUCACCCGACUCUAAGGUGUGCUUCAGUUGCUGCUCGGACGGCAACAUUGCCGUGUGGGACCUGCACAAUCAGUCGCUGGUGCGGCAGUUCCAGGGCCACACUGACGGCGCUUCUUGUAUUGACAUCUCCUCCGAUGGUACUAAGUUGUGGACAGGCGGUCUGGACAACACUGUGCGUAGCUGGGACCUGCGCGAGGGCAAACAGCUGCAACAGCAUGACUUCAGCUCUCAGAUAUUCUCGCUCGGUUACUGCCCGACCGGCGAAUGGCUGGCGGUCGGUAUGGAGAACUCGCACGUCGAGGUGCUACACGCUACCAAACCAGACAAGUAUCAGCUGCAUCUACACGAAAGUUGCGUGUUGAGUUUACGCUUUGCCACGUGCGGCAAGUGGUUCGUGUCGACGGGCAAAGACAAUUUGUUGAACGCCUGGAGGACACCAUAUGGUGCGAGCAUAUUCCAAUCAAAGGAAUCGUCGAGCGUGCUAUCCUGCGACAUCUCCGCCGACGACAAAUACAUCGUGACAGGCUCCGGCGACAAGAAGGCGACGGUCUACGAGGUUAUCUAUUAAACGAAUUAGUUUGCGCGAGAGCGACGCUCCCACCCGCCGGCGAGCGCAAAACUCAGCGAUUUAUCGAAAUAGGCACAAUACUUUUAUUUUUAUCAACACCAAAACAAUUCAACUACGUGGUCACGACAGCAGCUAAUCUACCGGUGGGCGCGCGCGAUCCGCGGGUGGCGCCCGCACUUUUUUUCAAGCGAAACGCGCCGCAGUAUUAUAAUUAAGUUAUAUAGAAUUUAUAUUGUUCUUAAGUAAUUUAAGCGAAAAAAAUAUUGUAAGAAGUAAGUUCCAACACUUGUACAUGAUACGUAAUCCUACUUAAUUGCUGUUAUAAAGCAAGAGAAAUGCGAUUUGUACUUGAAUAAUUGACUAUGUAAGUAUGUAGAAAAAGGAAGAUGUGUUUCGCUUGCGAAAGGGACGGCGCCGCCGAUUUGCGAUGAGAAAAGAAUGGAAAAUAACAGUGACAAUGUUGUGUGUCGUGCGUAAUCCGCGCAAACGGCGCUGCGCUACUGGUGUUAAAUUCAUUUCAUAGUUGUUAUCAGAUUUAAGUGUAUGAUUUGUACGACGUUUGGGUUCAACAUUUCUUGCGAUAUUUUCUGUUUUACGGUGGCGCGUUGCAGCUGGCGGCCGCAGGACCCAGGUCGUGUACAAGUGGGCACAAGUGAUGUUUGCAGCUUGUCUUUAUUGGUUUUAACAAACAAAUGUUGUUUUUCUUCAUUUUUUUUUCGAAAUAUUUCUCAAUGUUGAAUUGAAAAACAAAGAAACAAAACGAGAUAGUAGCAUAUUUUUCGUAAUUAAAUAAACAAUGAAAACAUAA